CGUAUGUACUUAACAGAAAUUGGGCCGAACACUCAAACAUAAAUUGAACAAAUAAAGAACGUUGGUGGCGAUGUCGGAGGGGCCAACACCAACGAGGAAGAGGAAAAUGGGAGACGCAGAGGAUAUAACUCCCAAGAAACCUGCGGCAAAAUGGCCUCUCAUCAAACCCAAAAAGAAUCUUCAGAUUACCCGACUCCGAGAUUUCGAUCUCUUCACGGUCCAGAAUUUUUUCUCCUCUGCUGAAUCGAAGGCAUUCGUUAAAAAUGCCGAGUUAAUUGGUUUUGCUCAUCAAGGGAGUCUAGGUCCUACUUAUGGUGAAGCUUACAGAGAUAAUGAUCGAAUCUCGGUGGAUGAUCCUAUCCUUGCAGAUACUAUUUGGGAGUCUGGACUUAGCAAACUAUUCUCUGAUAUAAAAAUUCGUGGAAAGGUUGCUGUAGGCCUGAAUCCAAAUAUUAGAUUCUAUAGGUACAAGACUGGCCAGCGGUUUGGACGGCACAUUGACGAAAGUGUUAAUCUUGGAGAUGGAAAACGCACUUAUUAUACUCUUCUAGUGUAUUUGAGCGGUGGGCCUGGUGAACUUAAAUCAAAGCCCAAAAAUGACUCCGGCAAUUCCUCAGUUCCAUCUGUUGAUCCUUUAGGUGGAGGAGAAACCGUCUUUUAUGGUUCAAGAAAUAAGAUUGUGGCUGAGGUGUCUCCUAUUGAAGGGACAGCACUUCUUCACCUUCACGGAGAUAAAUGUUUGUUGCAUGAAGCCAGAAAUGUUACCAAGGGUAUCAAGUAUGUCUUUCGUUCAGAUGUAGUAUUUGCUUGAAGAAUGGUUCAAGAAUAGUACCAAAUAAUCUGGUAUUUUCAUCUCCUGAGGGUUUUUUUUUGGUUAGCCUAUUGCUCAAGACAUUGUUGUGUUAUCUUGAUUUUCAGUGUCGGUAAUAUGUUCAGUGUGGAAGUUUAUGCAGUAGAUAAUGUACCUUUACGUGUGAACAGAUUAGGGAAGUUAUUUUGAAAAACUCGGAUAGUAGUGAAAAUCAGGUUAUUUAAACCAAUUAUGGAACCUGGUACUGUAAUAUAAAGCUUGACUAAUGAAUAAUUUUUUUCGAUA